CACAUUUAUUUCGUUCCCAUCAAAACCCUCGAACCACCAUCUCAACGCCCCCAAAAUGACGUCCUUCCUGCACGUCCGCCGUCCCACGACCUACUCCAAGCUCGAGCAGUCCAUCCCGAAACCCCCCGAAGCAUGUCCCGCCUUCGGUGGACUACCCCAGUGGGAAAAACUUCCGCUAGAUCGGAGACUCCCCGCCAAUGCAUGCCCCGUCCAUCCGCCCGCUUUCCGGCGGGGAAAACUCAGCGAGCACCUGUGGGAUAAACCGCACGAUCUGCGCGAGUUUGACCUGAGUGACCCGUUGGGACACGAUGUGUCGUACGGGUACAUGGCGCUGCACGAUAAACAUCUGCGGGGGCACUUCGAGGUGGAUGCGUUUAAGGAUGAAAUUGUCGAGAAGGAGCUCGUUGACGAUAGGGACGAUGUGGUUUGCUCUUUGUUGGAGUUCAACCGGUUUAGGUUUUACCUGUGGAAGCUGCAUAGAAAUAGGAUCAAGAAGGAGUUUCAGAAGCUGGAUCGCACCUGGUGGCAACAGUACCGCAACCACGUGGCCGCCCUUCACAUCCAGCGGCACUACGACUUUGAGGGCAAGCACGAGCGAAUCCGGUGUCAUGGCCGUGCCUUACGAGAAGCUAAGAAGCAAAAAGCUGUUCAAUCGAUUGCCAAGUACAACCGACAAUUGCAGCAAUUCUGGGAGGCAAAGGGCAAGGACAGACGGAUGACUCUGUACGACGGCUUCCUGCGGGCACUUCAGGUCAAGCACAAUAAUGCGUUGCUUAGGGCAUCCAGGAAAUCCUACUGUCUUCGAUUGCGACGAAAGCUGCGUGAAAAAGACCAGUACAGAACGAAGCGGAUGGCGAUCCUGAAGAAGCGAACGCUGGAGUCAAAGCGGAUCAUGACCAAAGAACGUCACAAAAUGCUGUUCAUAUCGGCUCAACAAGCGGAGGAAGAACGCGAACACCAGUUGGAGAUCUUCCUGCACGAAAACCAGCGCAAUGUUGAGCGGCGAAUGCUCAAGUCGAUGGCCCAACAGGAGCAGUUUGAGCGUCAGCUGACCCAGCGCAAGGCUCGCAACCUGGCAAGCCGGUACAACAAACGAUCCAAAUCUGCCAUGAUCAACGCGAUGCUCAAGGCAUGGAACUCCAUAAGAGUGCGACAGCCUCACCUGAGUCACGGACUUUCGCAAGCUUCCGUUAGGCAUGCGGUUGAUUUUGCCUACAACAUCCACGAAACAAUCAGCCCCACGAUCAGUAGCACCCAGAUCAUCGAUACGGCCAAGCAGUACAUCCACGAUCUGACCACGAUGCCGUCGGAGCAGCUUCCGCUGGACAGACAAACGGUGCGUUACACCGGCAAGGCCCUACUCGAGAUCAUGGACCAAAUCAAAGCCCACACCGUGGACGCAAACUGCCUGUUCAUCGGCCAGAUCGCGGUCAACAUGCGCGAGCGAAUCCUCGCCGAGCAACGCCAACAACGCAUGUCCGUCCUGUGCGGGCCCUGGAGCGUCAAGUGGCGUCGCUCCUCCAUGCAUAGCCCCACCGGAAGUCAUCGCGUUUCAAUCGGCGAAGUCGAAAUCGUCGACGAGUACCAAACCGAACAGGAAACCUUCAAACGUACCCGGAACCGUCCCCCAACCCCGGUCACCUCGGCCACCUCCCUAGUGGAACACUUUGUCGGCUCCUCAGCCGACGACUCCAUCGUAGACCUGACCGAAUCCUCGGAAGAGCUCGUAAUCCCCUCCACAAUAGCGGCCCGCACCGAGCGUCUAAUCUCCGCCGAGGACCACCCGCUGGUCCACCUGACCCAGCGCCAAAAACGCUUCCUCGAGACGAACCUGCUCAAGUACCGAGCCAUCGUCCAGCGGAACGUGGAAACGCGGACGCGGGCCGCCAUCGACGUGCUGCGGUUGGAAAUUGACCGGCAACGGGCGAGGCGACCCAAACGGGGCCGGGAAUGUCUGGCCAAGGAGACGGCCCGCUGUAUCCUGAUGUUUCCCAAGCAGGACGAAAAGUACGCGGAGCUGCUGCUGGAGGCGAUGAACACGCUCUUUUGGGAGGUUUGUGACGAGAUUGAGGCGCGGGAUUGCACCAUGAGGAGGGUUUGAGGGG